AUGACACUUUCUCUAGGAUACUUUGAUAUUGCAAUAACUCUCUUGUUUAUCUUGGUUAUUGCUAAUUUCUUCCGAAUCAACCGCAGUUCAUUCCACACGCUCAUUCCCUUGGAAUGGCCACUCAUCGGAAUGCUUCCCACAAUCAUCGUUAACAUCAACCAUUUCCACGACCUUUUAGUCGAAGUUCACGCCAUCGUCGGACCCACAUUCCUCUUCAAAUCCCUUUUGUUGUCGAAUAUGAGCAUAUUGUCGAGUGUGGAUCCCAUGGAUAUGCAUUACAUAAUGAGCAAGAACAUGCAAAACUUCCCUAAGGCGCCUCUCUUCUCGAAAAUGUUUGAUUUUUUGGGCAAAGCGAUUUUCAACUGUGACGGCGAAGAGUGGAAGGUACAAAGACGAGUGAUUCAAGCGCUUCUCAAGAAUAACCGCUUCAACCGGUUCUUAGAAAAGACAAGUGAGCGGACUAUAGAAAAAGGGUUGAUACCCGUUCUUGAUAACACUGCUAAUAAUGGAUUGGUCCUUGACUUACAAGACAUGUUCAUUCGGUUGACAUUUGAUACGUCGUGUAAGAUUGUAACCGGAUACGAACCAUGUACCCUCUCCCUUGAGUUACCGGAGAUACCAUUCUCGAAGGCAUUAGAUGAGGCAGAAGAGGCGGUUUUCUUACGUCAUGCAAUGCCGGAGACAAUUUGGAAGCUUAUGAAAUGGAUGAACAUUGGAUCCGAAAAGACUCUUAAACAUGCAUGGGUCAUAUUGGAUGUGGAGAUCGGGAAAUUGAUAUCCAUUAAGAGAGAACAACUUGCUAAGGAGACGUACGACCCAACUAAAGUUAAUGGAUCAGAACAAAAGGAAGAAGGAAUCGAUUUCUUGACGUCGUACUUAUACGCCAAUGAACAAAUGUAUGCGUCGUUAAAGAUUGACGACAACUUCUUAAGAGACACUAUUCUGAACACAAUGUUAGCCAUCCGAGACACAACGACAUCUUCCCUAACUUGGUUCAUCUGGCUGGUAAUAAUUUACCCGGAAACCCUAAACAAGAUCAGGGAAGAGCUCAAUUCGGUUUUACCAUCGUUGGAAUCCGAAAACCCAUACAUAUUCAAAUCGGAAAAUGUGAACAAGCUUACAUAUCUUCAUGCAUGCGUUAGUGAAAGUUUAAGACUCUACCCACCUAUUCCAUUUCAGCUAAGAGUACCAGAAAAGCCAGACAAGCUUCCUAGCGGAGUUUGUGUAGAUCGAGAUGAUAAAAUCUUAAUGUCGAUUUAUGCAAUGGCGAGAAUGAAGUCUAUAUGGGGGCAAGAUUGUUCUGAAUUCAAGCCUGAAAGAUGGAUAUCAGAAAAAGGAGGGAUUAAACACGAGCCUUCGUAUAAAUACCCAGUAUUUAAUGAUGGGCCGAGGAAUUGUCUCGGGAAAGAGAUGGCGUUUACUCAGACGAAGAUGGUGGCAGCAACAAUAAUUCAUAAUUACAAUUUGGAGAUGGUGGAAGGACAUGUUGUGGAGAAGAACUGUUCCAUUAUAUUGUAUAUGAAGCAUGGCCUCAAGGUGAAGGUGUUCAAAAGAUGGACCUAAAAUGAAAAGGAGGAAAU